AUUUAUGUAUCAAUAUUUGAUUUUAUUUUGAUAAAGGUUCGCGACUGCAAGUGCACGCUCAAAUGGUCUUCUUUUGAUUUGUGGGGGACGGGAUACCAAUAGUGUGGUGGCUGACCUGGUUUCAUAAGUGCAACCUCUUGCAAGCGCAUAUGGACUUGCAAAACAUAGAUAUGGUCGGUGGGAGUGGGCAAUCUCUCCUGGUGUUUCAACAUUUCCUCGUUAUCAACAUGCAACGGGUUUUUGUGAAUGCUCGGCUCCAUGUUUCCGGGGGGCACUUGGUGGUGGACGCAUGGUGGAAGACUCAUCAAGUGUAGCUGAGCAGAGGUUCGAUACGUUGUUAGAAGUCUUUGUAACAUUCAUCUGUGGCGCGGAUCGAAUUGUUGUUACCUGCUGUACUCGUUUGUUGUCGUUGGUAUUCGUUGUUGCAGCUGUUGGUUCGUUGUUGCUGUUCAUUCGUAAUUGCCGCUGUUGGUUUGUUAUUCGAUUGAUUGCUUCCGCUGGUUUGAUACUCCUUUAAUUCUCAAAUUGUUAUAUUGUCAUUGUGGUUAUUUAUUCACUAUCAACAUGACUGGAAAGGAUGAUUCCCUUCACUCAAUCAGUACUCAUUUGGAUGGAAAGAAUUAUACGUAUUAGAGUUACGUUAUGCAGAAAUUCCUUUGUGGGAAGAAUAUGUGGGCCUAUGUCACUGGGACUAAAGCCAAAUCCUCAGUGCCUCAAACUAAGAAUUUUGAUAUGUUGCUUGAUGCUUAGGAGACUGAUAAUUCCAAGGUCAUUACUUGGAUUAAUAACUUUGUUACUCAGUCUAUUGGUAUGCAGUUGGCUAAAUAUGACACAACAAAAGAAGUUUGGAAUCACUUGGAGAUAUUGUAUACUCAGUCCAAUUUUACUAAACAAUAUCAGUUAUAAUAUGAUAUGCGUGCUCUUCAACAGAAUGACCAGAGCAUUCAAGAUUUCUAUGUCGCUAUGUCCGAUCUGUGGGACCAAUUGGCUCUUACUAAAGUUAAAAGAUUUUGAGUCUUACCUUGCUAUGAGGGAAGAACAAUGUUUGGUCCAGUUCUUGAGGGCCUUGCGUUCUGAUUUUGAAGGCCUUCGUGGAACCAUUCUUCAUCGCUCUCCUCUUCCCUCAAUGGAUUUUGUUGUCCAUGAGUUAAUUGUAGAAGAGACUCGUAUCAAGUCUCAUGUGGAUAAAGAUUUUAAAGCAACCUCUAUUCCUACUCCCGCUCCUGUUGUGCUUGCUAUUUCCUCUAACCAUUCUCGACAAACGUCAAGCGUUGCUUACGAUGAAUCUGCAUUCUGCAAACAGAAAAAUCAUUGGAAAGCUCAGUGUCCAUUGUUAGUCAACAAGGGUAAAUCUGGUCAACCUCUGUUAGGGCAGCAAAAUAGGUCUAGUCAACAUAAGUUUCAGCCGCCUUCCUCUGGUACUCCUCCAUGGACCCCUCGUCCUCCACAGUUUGUUGCUGCUGCUUUACCACUAAUUGACACGAAAUCCAUUGGACACAUGCCACCAUCUGCAUUGGAUCCCAAGGUUUUUUGAGAGCUUCAGACAGUAUUUGGCUUCUAAUCCCACUGCCAUGUCUGCAUCUAUGUCUCAUUCUGGUCCUUCUUCAUCUGUUACAUCAGGUAUUCCCUCAUCUUUUGUGGAUUUUAUAUUCUGGUGCAACCCAUCAUAUGACCCCUCAUUUGUCAUCAUUUACUUCUUUGUUGCAAGUGUCAUCUAUUUCUGUUAAGUCUACUAGUGACACAUCUAUGCUAGUUGAGGGUGUUGGGUCUGUCUCUAUUUCUCAUAUCACUCUUCCUGAUGUUUAUUACAUUCCCAAACUUACUUUGAAUCUUGCCUCAGUCAGUCAGUUAUGUAAGUCUGGUAACUGGGUGUUCUUUUCUGAUUCUGUCUGUGUUAUACAUGAUCAACACACCCAGAAGGUGAUUGGGAUCGGCCGUAGGGUGGGGGAACUAUAUGUCUUGGAGGUCCUCAAAGUAUAUGCUGCUGCUGCUUCCAGCAUUGAUUUAUCUUCUUUUCGUUUCAGUCCUUUGUCGUCUGAGUUUUAUCUUUGGCAUUCUCGUUUGGGACAUAUGUUUGUAUCACGUUUGAAUUUUUUUAGCAUCUAGUGGUGUUUUGGGUUAUUUAAACUCUUGUGAUAUUUCUGAUUGUAGUGUUUGCAAACUAGCAAAAUUCUCUGCUUUACCCUUCAAUAAAAGUAUGUCUUUUUCUACUGCUCCUUUUGACAUUAUUCAUUAUGAUGUAUGGGGUCUUGCACCCAUAUCCACAAAGGGUGGGUCGACCUAUUAUGUAUCUUUUAUAGAUGAUUAUACUCGAUAUACAUGGGUUUAUUUUAUGAAAUGCAGAUAUGAUUUCUUUGAUAUUUACAGCAAUUUUAGAGUUCUUGUUAAAACUCAACAUUCGGCUGUGAUUAAGUGCUUCAGGUGUGACUUACAGGUGAAUAUACCUCUAAUGAUUUCACUCGGUUACUUGCUUCUAAUGGUACCAUACACCAGUCUUCAUGUACUAACAUACCUCAGCAAAACGGUGUGGCAGAACGAAAACAUCGUCAUAUUGUUGAGACUACCCGCUCAUUGCUCUUGUCUGCGUAGGUCCCUAGUGCCUUUUGAGGAGAAGCAUUUCUAACUGCUGUGUAUGUGAUUAAUCGUAUCCCUACUUCAUUGAAUUCAGGAAUAUAUCCUUUGGAGAAGUUAUAUGGUCAUCUACCAGACUACUCUUCCUUACGAGUUUUUGGAUGUACUUUUUUUGUCUUCGUCUUCAUAUUGAAAGGAACAAGUCGGGGCCGAAAUUUGCUAUUUGUGUAUUUUUGGGGUAUGGUAUUGGUCAGAAAGGAUACCGUUUCUAUGGUCCUACGAUUCAGAAGUUAUAUGCUUCCCGACACGUUACUUUUUUUGAACAUAUUCCGUUCUACUCGAUUCCUGCUACAACCCACAAUGUAACAAAGUCCGAUCUUCUGCGUAUUGAUCCUUUUAAUGAAGAUAUAGAGGCUCAAGAUUCAUCUAUGCCACAUGAUCCCUCAGCUCAUGACACACCCACUUCUUCAGAGGGUGCCUUGACUCCACAUAUUCCUGAGCCUGAUCCUCCAAUUAUUGAAGUUGAGGAUCCACCUCCACCACCACCCCUCAGGAGAUCUUCUCGUCCUGUCAAGUCCACCAAGCUACCAGAUUUUUCUUACUCUACAUAUUCAGGACCGUUUGCUUCUUUUAUAGCAAGUAUCCAUCAUCUUUCUGAACCUGAAUCAUAUAGAGAAGCUGUUACAGAUCCUCUUCGGACUCAUACAUGGGAUUUGGUUUCUCUUCCUCCUGGGAAACAUACGAUAGGUUGUCGUUGAGUGUACAAGAUAAAAACGAAUGUUGAUGGUUCUGUUAAACGUUACAAGGCUAGACUUGUAGAAAAAGGGUAUUCCCAACAGUAUAGAUUUGACUAUGAGGAGAUAUUUUCCCCUGUUGCAAAGAUGAGACAGUUCGUACUAUGAUUGCAGUUGCAUCCAUCCGACAGUGGAAGAUAUUUCAAAUGGAUGUCAAGAAUGCCUUUUUGAAUGGUGACCUUCAUGAAGAGGUUUAUAUGACCCCUCCUCCAGGAAUUUAGCACCGACCGGGUGAGGUUUGUCGGCUUCGCAAAGCUUUGUAUGGGCUCAAGCAAGCCCCUCGUGCUUGGUUUGAUAAAUUCUCCACAGUGAUUACCUCUCUUGGAUUUGUCCAGAGUAAUCACAAUUCUGGUCUGUUUGUUAGAUGCUCGAGUGCAGGACGGAUUCUUCUGUCCUUAUAUGUGGAUGACAUGAUUAUUACAGGUGAUGACCAUGGUGGUAUUGAGUCUUUGAAGCAUGAUCUAGCUCGUCGAUUUGCUAUGAAGGAUUUGGUCUUGCUGUGUUAUUUCUUGGGUAUUGAGGUUGCUUAGUCUAAGAAAGGGUACCUUCUUUCCCAGACUAAAUAUAUAUCUGAAUUUUUUACACGGGCGGGCCUCUCUGACCAUCAGACUGUUUAUACUCCUUUUGAAACCAAUUCUCGAUAUUCUCCUACUGAUGGUGUUCCUUUGUCCAAUCCGCAUCUUUAUUGCACUAUGGUGGGAAGUUUGGUUUAUCUCACAAUUACUUGUCCAGAUAUUGCUCAGGAUGUUCAUAUUGUCAGUCAGUUUGUUACUGCUCCUACCUCUGUUCAUUGGGGAUCUGUUCUUCGCAUUCUGAGAUAUCCUCGUGGCACUCAGUUUCAGAAUCUCUUGUUUCCCUUGAUGUCUUCUCUUAAGUUACAUGCCUAUAGUCUCUCAUUUCAUGGAAGAUAAAGAAACAAGAUGUUGUCUCUAGAUCUUUCACGGAGGCUGAAUAUCGUGUUAUGGCUGUAACUACAUGUGAGAUUAUCUAGUUACAGUGGCUGCUUGCGGAUAUGGGAGUUUAUGUUUCUUCAUCUACUCCCUUGCAUUGUGAUAAUAAAAGUGCAAUACAAAUUGCGAAGAAUUUUGUUUUUCAUGAGUGGACGAAGAAAAUUAAGAUUGAUUGUCAUUUUACCCGUCAUCACCUGCAGCUUCGGACCAUUUCGCUUCCGUUUGUUUCAUCAACCUUGUAGAUUGCAGAUAUUUUUACGAAGGCUUUAUCGACUUCUUAGUUUUGGUUCUUAUGUGACAAAAUCUCAAUGCUAAUUGGAGCGGCAUUGUAAGUUUGAGGGGGGAUGUUAGUCUAUAUAUUAUUAGCCCGCUGUUUAUGGGCCCUUUUGUCUUUAGCCCAUUAGGGUUUCUGUCUAGCUAGUAUUUAUAUCUGUUUUAUUCUUUGUAGUCUUUAUGCUUUUCUUUGAGAACCCUUGUAAUUUCUCUUUAUCAUAAUCAUAUGACAAUGUUAUCAAAGGCUUAAUGGGUUAAGUCGCAAACUUAACCCAUUUGUUGAAAUGAGAGAAGACACAACAUGGCCUUUGGAUUCUGAGGAUGUGAACAUGGAUGUCAAUAGCUCUUGAUAGCUAAAAGAAUGUUGAGUCAUCUUUAUCUGUUGAAGUUUGUGAAGAGGUUAUUAUGAUGGCUCAAGGAUUUGAUACUAAUAUGUUGGUAUAUAUACACUACUAGAAAAAAGGCCUUUUACGACGCGCAAAAUACGACGCUCAUUGAUCUAUGUUACGCAAAGGAGAGUGACAUUAGAAAAAUGUCAUCUCUUCAAAAAAUUUAAGGAUAGAAGACACGCAUUAUUGCGCGCCCUUAAAUUAGUGUCUAAAAAAAACACGGAGGGCACCUAUAAUAAAAUGCGCGUCGUCUAAGGAUGUCGCUUUAUAAUUUUUAAUGGAACGCGCGUUCCAUCCUUUAACAGUAGGGGGAAAUGAAAUUAUGUAAAAAUUAAAAAUCCCGCCUUCCUUUUUUUUCUCCUUUCCCUCUUGCCUUGGACGCUCCUUCCUUCCCCCUCCCGACAUUGACUGCUGCUUACUUAGCUUCUUCCCUCACUUCUACCUACUGGAACCACCAUAUCUCCCACUCGAUGUUGAAAUUGUUAGAAAAAGCCCUAAUUAUACUCUCAAGUCUAAAUACAGAAAAAACAGAAGAUGGUGAAGAAGUAGCAGCAGAGGAAGUGGAGGAUGAACAGUCGAAAAUGGAAGGAAUGGCAUCAAUAGCGUUGUUACUAGAUGGGUCAAUCUCGGGUCAUUUUGUUCAGCUUCCCGAGUCCGUUUAUUACCAGAUGGGUCAAUCUCGUCUUUUUGUCUCGACUUCAUAUCUCUCUGUAAAGCAAGCGACGACUUCAUAUCAAAAGUGGAGGUGGCAGCCUAAAGACUGUAAUUUGCCAAAGUAAGCAUACCUGAAACGUGAAAUUGGCAAAUUGGAUUGCACAGAAACGCGAUUGGGAUUGGGAAUUUUGGUUUUGGAACGCCGAUUUGUGAAAUUGGGAUCAGCACAUCCUUUUGAAUCGGUUUGUCUUCCUUUACCUCUGUACUCUCACUCACUCUCUCUCUCUCUCUCUCUCUUUCUCUCUAAGCCCUAAGCUGCCACCAUCAAUAAUAAAAUAGUUCGAUCAAGUUUAGUUCAAUUCCUGAUCAUCGAUUUGAAAUUCUAUUUCUGAUAUGACCUUUUGUGCAAUUCUUUGACCUUUUAAUCUUAGGGUUUAUCUUCAUGAAAUCUAAUCUCUGUGAACGAACUAAUACACUUUAGGAUUAGGGUUUAGUAAUGGGAUUCCUUCGUUUUUGUUAGGGCGAUGUGAGUAAUGAACCAAGGAGAAACACACAACAAUGUAAUCAAGAAGAAGAUGUUCCAGUCUUGGUUGAUGCAAUACUUCCAUUAUCUGCAGCUGCCAUGGCUUUGCCACCUUUAUCUAUUCGAGGUGAUUUGGGAGUUGUUUCUACUGCUGGAGUUAGAUAUGCAUAUCCACUCCUAAAAUCAUUUGCAAAAAUGGGACCUCAAGGUGUUCUUGGUGCCACAAAGCUUUUACGCCCUUUUUCAGAAAUAGUUGAUUCAUUGGGACUCAAAGAUCCUUUCAUUAGAAAUUGGGUGGAUCUUUUGUCUUUCUUACUUGCUGAAGUGAAAUCUGAUGGUGUUCUUUCAGCAGAAAUGGUACAUAAUCAUAUCAUACAUUAAAAAGUUUCUUUUAAGGUAGUUUUACUUUUUGGUAUGAUGGAAUUGAGGAAGGAAUGGAAUGGGCUAUUCCAUUACCACAUGUCCUCAUCCAUUCCAUUCCAACCAAACAGAAUCCAUUCUAUUCCUUCAUAUUUUAUAGUUCUCUAAAUGUCUAAUCUUUUGCCUGUAUAUAUAUCCACAUAUUUGCAGAUUUAUAUGUUUGCAGAAUGGUAUAAGCCAGGUUGUAGUUUAGAAUACCCUGUUGGUGGAACUGGAGCACUUGUUGAGGCUCUUGUUCUCAGAUUUUCCUUCUGAUAAACUUCCAAAAAUGUCAGAACCUUCACAACUUAUGACAGAAAAUACACGUUCUCAUCUUUAUGUUGCACUCCCUGUUCUCAGUCAAGGAAAGAAAUGGGUCUUACUAUACAGUACAUGGAGGCAUGGCAUAUCUCUUUCAACCUUAUAUAGAAGAAGCAAUCUUUGCCCUGGGUUAAGUCUACUGGUUGUUGGAGAUCAUAAAGGUGCAGUGUUUGGUGGUUUAGUUGAGGCACCUUUGAAACCAUCAAUAAAGAAAAGAUACCAGCAUGGAUGAUGAUGAUGGUGAUGGAGAACCAGAAAGUGCAAGCCUUUGCAAUCCCUACGGGUCCAACUUGGGCGUUUUACCACCCUAUUGUACUGCAAAGUGACAUCACACCUAUUGUCAGGGUUCACAAAGCUGUAAUGGAAAUCUUAGGAUUCAGGGCAGAAAAUCAAGAUUCAGUCACCAAAAAUCUAUCUCUUGCGUUUCAGGGAGCCCAAAUGAUGAUCAAAUCCAGGGGCAUAUUCGUCUUGUUUCAAAGUAUGCAUUGAGGAGGAUCAGAUGAUAGUUUCAUUCACAUUAUCAAAAGACAAUAAGUAUCUUCUUGUUAAUCUCGUGAAUGAAGAGUUACAUCUUUGGAACAUCCAGGGGCAUAUUCGUCUUUGGAACACUUGAGCUUUUAUUUGGUGGAAUUGCUCGUAUCCUGCGUACUUUUUUUCCAUUAUUAAGAAGUUCAACCAAUUUUUGGUCAGGUAUGUCUUCAUUUAAAAGAUUAUAAUUUCUUCAAAAACAUGUGUGCUUUAAAAAGGAACAAUGGUGAAGUUGAAUAUUUGUUAUGUAGGAUGGGAGUCUUUGAUGUGUUCUGUGAAGAACAUCAUUGCAAAUGGUAGUAAAGAGGUUUCCCUUGCUGCAGUAGGGUGUUUGCAAAUGGGGCUAACAUGAAACAACAGUUUCAACUAAUAAAUUGAUUUGCACCAUAAUUUCUUUUUAACAAAACAUGUUUAUAAGUUAUAUAGCAAUCUGUUCACAACAGAAACCAUUUCAUUUUCAUAAAAAGCCUGCUCCACUUAGCAACCUCACUGUUUCAUUAGGAAUGAUAACAUUAGGAUUCCUAACAGUAACAGGUGGAUAUGUUUUGCUAUGAACUGAUUUGUAAGAUUCAUUGACCUGAAGACUAAGGGCCCUCAUUGUUGGAAGUAUUGGAGAGUUUUUAUCAGCUGCUUUGCUGCCUCCAGAGCCAUUAGCUGUCCAAAAUGUUGUGGAUUUUUCAAAGAUGAUUGGAGCAUUAGAUGUAAAUGAAAAUCUUACACAUCUUGUGUCAGGGAUCAUUUUCUUUUGCCUCAAGAGAACAAAGACCAAGCUAGUACAACAAAAUCAAUAUUUUCUGCAAAGGAUUACAAUGAUCAUAUGGCACUUGUGUGUGAAUAUGAAGGAUGGAAAGAAGCUGAAAGAGAAGGAUAUGCUUAUAAAUAUUGCUGGAGGAAUUUCCUUUAUGCUCAAACACUUCAAGCUAUACAUUCUUUAAGGAAUCGUUUAUCCAUAUUUUAAAAGAUGCUCAAUUACUUGAGACUAAAUCGAGGAUUAGCAACAGAUUAAGUCAUAAUCAAUCAUCGGUUAGCGCCAUUAUAUGCUCAGGCCUUUUUCCUGGCAUUGCAUCUGUAGUGCAUAGGGAGACAUCAAUGUCCUUCAAAACUAUAGAUGAUGUCCAAGUCUUACUCUAUGCAGUAAGUAUUAAAGAAAUAGCAAUGCACUUUCAUUCAUUUGUUUCAUAUUUUUUUCACAUUUCUCUAAUGAUAUUUUUCCUUGAGUCAUAGAAUGAUUGGCUCAUAUCUUGUUUUUUGAUAUUUAUACGCAAUUUUUUUCUUACGUCGGUGGUGGCGAAGUUCAAGAUUAAGGGAGACUUGUAAUCAUGUUUGGCUUUCCUUUCCAGUAAGAAACAGAGUUGUAUGAUUAUUUGUUAGUUUAAUAGGAAUGUAUAACACAUGUUAGCAAUGUAUUAUUUUUGUUUA